CUUCUCAGAAAUUUUCCCAGUCGGUAAAUCUGCAGUAUGAAGAUUUAUAUUUCCAAAGUGUUAUUCCUAAAUUUGUUUGCAAUCUGUUUGACAGUUACUUUAUCUGAAAAAAUCGAGCUGUAUCCGAUGUUUGUACCACCGAACAUCGGUCUCGGAGAUCCCGUGGAUUUGACUUGCAGUUUGAGAAAAGGAAGUUCGCCUAUAACAUUUACGUGGUAUCAAAACGGAAAAGUGAUAUCUAAUUCUUCAAAGAAAAAUUUAAAAAUAUUAAAUACUCCGAGGAGAUCAGUCCUUAAUAUAGAAACAUUAAGUUCAGAAUCGAUCGGAAAUUACACUUGUCAAGCUUCAAGCAAUGUUGGAACGGAUGAUGAAAGUGUCCUUGUAUAUGCUGAAGUUCCACCUCACUGGACCAAAGAGCCAAUGGACACAACAGCUGCGAAGGGAUCUGGAUUAGUUGUAGAUUGUGCUGCAACAGGCCACCCAGUUCCAAGAGUAUCAUGGAAUAGGCAGAAAGGCACAGAUCUUCGUGAGACAAUACGUAACGAAGGGCAAUGGACUACGGCGUCCAAUGGCUCACUCGUAUUCUCUAGAAUUGAUGAGUCAGAUGCUGGAGUUUAUAUAUGUGAGGCACAUAAUGGCAUCGGACCAGGAAUUUCGAAAAGCAUACAAAUAAGUGUUCAUACCCCUCCAGAGUUAAAGAAAAAAUUUGAACGUGUGACUGUUAGAAGAGGUCACACUGCUCGUCUUAUGUGUGAAAUCUCGGGUGACCAACCUCUCUACGUUUCAUGGAAGAAAGACAACCAAGACGUUAACAUUCAGUUCGGAACAAGGUUCGAAGUGGUGAAAGAUGCUACUGAUUACGGGACAAAAUCGGAAUUAUUGAUCCAUGAUUCUCAGAAAGCUGACGUGGGCUCUUAUGUUUGCCAGGCUCGCAAUAAAUUUGGAGAAGAUGAAGGAAAAGUUAAGUUAAUUGUUUUAGAGCCUCCUUCCCCUCCUACUGGCAUUCGUACUUCAGAGGUGCAAACAAAAUCGAUCCGAUUGUCUUGGCAACCGUCCUCGUCAGACGAAGGGCUGGUCGAAAACUACGUUGUCAGAUACUGGAGGAACGACGAAAAGCGAGGCAAACUGCACCAGGUGACUUUGCCUGCUGUUCAGACAUCAGUCACUAUUCCGAAUUUACAUCCGGGAACGUCCUACAGUGUGCAGGUGUUCGCCCAGAAUAAUGUUGGUCAAGGAGACCCAUCUCAGCCGAUCACUUUUAGAACAGUCGAAGCAGUUCCGGACGGUGCUCCAUUAGACCUUCGAGUCGAACCUGUUAGCUCAAAAGCCAUUAGAGUGUCGUGGAAACCUCCUCAAAGACAUCACUGGAAUGGUCCCUUACGUGGCUAUUAUGUUGGAAACAAAGUGGCCCAUUCAAGCUCUCCUUUCACCUUCCAGACCGUAGAAACAACGGACCGUCGGGGCGGGUCACUGCUCAUUCAGGGCCUCCUCAAAGCCACCACCUACACGAUCAUCGUGAAGGCUUUCAACGCCGCAGGCUCCGGACCAGCAACGCAUGAAGUGCAGGUUACCACACUGGAAGAAGAUCCACCUUCUCCACCAAUCGUAGGCGUUGCAGACGUAACUGCAUCGAGUGUGGGCAUUCACUGGAAUAUAGGAAGUGAUAAACAACCAUCUGUAGUUCAAUAUCUGUUAGAAUUCCGUGAAGAAGGCGAGGAGUGGGACCACAUCCAUUUACCCGGGGAAAGAACUUCUUUCUAUUUAACAGGACUCAAAGGAUCGACUCGAUACGAACUAAGGCUGGCUGCGUAUAAUGUUUUUGGAAGAGGAGAAUUUUCUCCGACAAUAGAUUUUACAACAGGACUCGCUGAAAUCUCAGUGCCAUUUUCAAUUACUCACAGCAAUAUCCCUUUUUACUUCCGACCGUACUUCGUCAUCCCCGUAGCAGCAUCUGUGGUAGUGAUAGUGACAACUGUGGUGAUAGCAUGGGUUUGUUACAAAAGAAUGACGCUAAGACAAGACAGAUUGCUGGCUGCUUGUCAACCGUUGGAUUGCCGCUUGAUGCAGGCCAGAGUUCCACUGCAAAGAGGGGACACAGGAUUUUGCGAUUCAGCGGCCAGACCACCAUCGUAUACACCGCCAAUGGGCGCGAGGCACCCAGUAGGAGUCCCGGAUGAUGACGAUGCAUAUGAUGCACCUUGGGACAUGGCAAAUCCCGGUGGACAACCUGGCAACGCGCAAGCAGGAAGUUAUACUCGGUUGAAAAGUCAAAUGCCAAAUCCAGGAGGUGCCAUAGUCAUAGGUCAUCAAAGUGGUUCUAGUCGUUAGAAAUCAUGCUUACCCUUGUGUACUUCUUUGUAUUGAUAGUUUCCUACAUUCAAAUGUUGAAUAUUUAACCCUGGACAACGGAGAGCGCGAAUGAAAUAUUUUAUAAUUUCUGAAGAACCACGCCGCUGCUUCAGCAUUUUACUUUUUUAAAUUUUAUGAAAUGUGGAUUAAGCAGAAAAACAAGUGGCUGGAAUAAACCAGAGAGAUUUAAAAGUAUUGUUCACCGAUGAGGAUUUCAUAAGAGAUAAUGAAAUUUAAAGCAUAAGCAAAGUAAAGUUGGUGUGUCUUUUAUAUUGUCGUACGUGGGUAUUUUUAGUGUUAACAUACUUUAAAGUUACUUUUUCUUUACUUUUCAAGCACGUGAUUUUCAAACAUUUCGUACUUUUCGAGUUGAUAUUGCUCAAAUUGUUGUAAAUAAGACGUGAUGAGUGUUAGAAAAUUCUGAAUUUGAAUAUUCAACUUCCUGCCGAAACUAAGUUCAAGAGUCACAUAGCUGACUUUUCUAAUGUACUAUGCAAACAUUUAUUAAUUUUAUAAAAUAUGUUUACCUUUUAUAGAGUAGAUAUUUAGUGUUUUCAUCGGUUUCAUAAGGAAUUUCCAAAAUGGGUGCAAAUAAGCAUGAAGUCUCUAGGUCCUUUAAUGGAAUUAAAUUAAUAUAAAUCAUGUUACGGCUCUUUGAUACAGAAUCUGUUGUAAUAUUCUCUAAAAUGAAAUGUCUUCAUCUUCAAAAGUGUUAACAAUAUCCACAUUAAAUCAGAAAGUAAUCGAUCUUCCAUGUUUUGGAAUCAAUGCUAUUCCAUUAUUAGGCAAUUGCAAUUCUUCAGUUGAAAAUAAAAGUGAAUUUUUUAAAAACAUAAAGAAUUUGUUCAAUUUAAAUGUAUCUUAUUAUUACUAAGAUACCUUUUUCUGAAAUCAAGUCAUUAUGACCUUAGAACAAUGGUUUUUAUGUAUGAAAAAAUGAUAUGAAGGCUGAAAAACAACACCCAUUCAAAGUUGAGAUAAAUAAUUGUAAAAUAAGCAAAGAAUUCCCUGUAAAGUAUCAGUCUAUAUUUCUUAUAAUAUUCAAUAGUUUGAAAUGAUGCAGCGCAUUUCCACAAUUUAUAUAUUAACCAUAAAAGUAUUAAGGACUGCCUUCAUUUCAGUUGUUUUUAAGUUUAUAUUGUUACAGUUAAGAAACUCCUUGUUAAUUGUAAUUUUAUUACUGUAGAGAGAAAGAGAAAAAAAUGUUACACAUUCUGUUUUUUAAUAAAA